UAUUGACGUUUGGUAGACAAAAACGGUAUGCAGGAAAUUAAAGCUAAACGGAACAUACAGAUACGCAUUCAAUAAGCUCUGAUCGCCAAAGAAAAUGGGACAAAAAAUAUCAAAGAAGCUACAGAUGUCGGAAGAUGAGAACGUGACGAAUAAAAAGCCUAUCCGAAGACCAGCAGGCUAUGAAACUAUGUCAAAUACACGACCUUCUGAUACAGGGAUACAGAGGCUAAUGGAAAAUGAUACCAAAUACACCAAAGAUCUAACAGAUAAAAAUAAAACUAAAGAGCUACAGAUGUCGGAAGAUGAGAGCGUGACGAAUGCAAAACCUGUUGAAAGACCGGCAACUAUGGCAUUUGAUCUACCUCCUUGUUUAGUGAUACCAAGUCAAGGGGAUAAUGAUACCACAUACACCAAAGAUCUAAAAGACAAAACGGAGACUAAAGAGCGACGCAAUGCUUUAAAAGAGAUGUUGUUAAGAGAUUGGAAAAACAACAAGGACAUAAAUCCAACAGGAAAAGACACACUCAAAGAACUCAUUCGCAAAUACAAAGAUGACGUACCUACACCGGAUUCUGGGAUUGGUACCUAUGACAGCAUAAUCGAAGAUUCUGAUAGCUCGUCUGAGACAAUAUUGUUCGACCAUUUUCUUGAUGCUACUGUAAGUGUGCCAGGCUACAAACUGGAGAGACGUGAUAGAAUCAUAGAUGGUGGUGGUUUAUUAGCAUACACCAGAAGUGACAUUCCAUCAUGGCGCAGAAAAGAUUUAGAAUCUGGCCACAAAAAGGUACCGCAGGUCAGAACUACAAAUUUUGGUAAGAACUCCUUUAGGUAUGCUGCACCUUACAGAAAUGCUGUCAAUUUCAGCCAAUUUAAAAACCAGAUCUCUUUUUAGAAUGGAAAUAAUUGUAAAUGUUCAUUGUGUAAAAUUUUAAUUUCACCAUUAAUUUUUUACUUCAGUUAUACAGUCACACCUUUUUCUUCAUCCAUAGGACCGGUUGACAGCAUACCUGUUGAUGUACAUGUCUUGAGUUUCCCUGUAUGAUAUUAUGUAUUUAUAUAACCUUGCCUUUUAGUGCAUGCAGCAUUCCAUCCUUGCUUUGUACCUUUCAGAUAUGCAUAAUGCAUAUACUCCUGGGUUGAUGUAUUGUUCUUUUCUUGAAGUAGUAUUUCCUUGAAUUUUGUUGCUGUUCAGUUCACCUCAGGUCUGAUCCUGACUUGACAACUUCCUAUAUCUUUGUUUUAAAUUAUGCAUUUUUGUGCUUUUUGCUGGUUCAGUUCUUUAUAGUUCUUCGACCUAGAAUAGCAGCAAUCACAUGGGUUUUUUUUAUCUAUCAGUAUUACAUUUAAAUUGUUUUUGCCAUGUCAUCUUAUGUUCUGUUAUGUGCUUGACAUGCUUUUAUGUUAGUCUUACAAACUAGAUCCCUUAAUGCUUGUAGUUCUUGUAAUCAUGUCUUUCUUUUACAGCUUUUUAUUUUUGUUCCUUAUAAACUUUUUAAUAAAUAGUCGGUUCAAAAGCACCUGGAGUGCUUGUGUUGUAUUGUUACUUAUCUUGCCGAUUCAAAAUAAAAUUUAUUUUAUCUUAUCUUAUGCACUCAAGUAAUAGGCCUAAU